CUUGGUUAUGUAUGAUUAAGCAACCGUGCAAGAUUUUUUUCCAUACAAGAUAUGUUUCCCUAUUUAUGGGCAACCUAUCCUCCAGUAAUGAGGCACAGACCUCCAUACCAAUGGCGCCAGCACCAGACACCUGCAAGAAACCUCACGCCGUCUUAGUCCCAUUCCCAGCACAAGGCCACCUUAACCCAUUCCUCAAGCUAGCAAAACUCCUCCACCACCGAGGCUUUCACAUAACAUUCGUCAACACAGAGUUCAACCACAACCGCCUCCUCAAGUCCAAAGGCUCCACCUUUCUUGAAAAUCUGCCUGAUUUCUGCUUUGAAACCUUCCCAGAUGGGUUGCCUCCUUCCGACGCCGACGCCACGCAGAGCGUUCCAGCUCUGUGCGAUUCCAUGCGGAGAAACAGUUUGGUCCCAUUUCGAGAGCUUCUUGCGAAGCUCAAUAAUAGUUGGGUUGUUCCUCCUGUUACUUGUGUUGUUUCAGAUGGGGUGAUGACUUUCACCCUCCAGGCUGCUCAUGAGAUGAAUGUGCGUUGUGUGCUGUUCUGGACGUUUGCAGCUUGUGGGUUCUUGAGUUUCAAGCUCUGUGCGGAUUUAAUCGACAGGGGGAUCACUCCCUUCAAAGGUAUUGUCGUCAUAUGUAUAAUGUGGAUGGAAGGGUUGGAGAUGAAUGUGCGUUGUGUGCUGUUCUGGACGUUUGCAGCUUGUGGGUUCUUGAGUUUCAAGCUCUGUGCGGAUUUAAUCGACAGGGGGAUCACUCCCUUCAAAGAUUCCAGUUACCUGACAGAUGGAAGUUUAGAAGCCCUGGUGGACUGGGUGCCGGGCCUGGAAAACUUCCGGUACAAGCACAUACUGACAUUCAUUCAGACAACGGAUCCUAAUAACGUCCUGUUAGCCUAUGUUAAGGAAGAAAUAGAGGCAAUCUCAAAAGCUUCAGCUGUCAUUCUGCACACGUUCGACGCCUUAGAACGCCGUCUCUUGGACAUCCUGUCGCCGAAUUUACCUCCAAUCUACACGAUCGGCCCUCUUCAACCGCUUGUCGAUCAAAUUUCAGUGAAAAAUGCUGUAUCAUCUAUGGACUUCAGCCUCUGGAAAGCUGAGGACGAAUGCUUCGAGUGGCUGAAUUCCAAAGAGCAAAACUCGGUUAUUUACGUGAACUUCGGCAGCGUUGAAGUGUUAACACCAUGUGAAAUUCAAGAACUGGCACUCGGGCUGGCAGAGAGCAAGAAAAACUUCUUGUGGAUACUCAGGCCUGAUUUGAUCAAGGGAAAUUCAGGCAUCCUGCCGCCUGAUUUCAGUGCUGAAACUAAGGACAGAGGCCUGAUCGUGAGGUGGUGCCAACAGGAGAAGGUCCUGAACCACCCGUCUGUGGGUGGAUUCUUGACACACUGCGGGUGGAACUCGAUCAUCGAAGGCAUAACUGCUGGUGUGCCAUUUUUGUGCUUGCCACAGACCACAGAUCAGCCUGCAAACUGCAGGUCUGUUUGCAUUGAGUGGGGGAUUGGCCUGGAAAUUAGCAAGAAUUUCAAGAAAGAUGAAGUGGGGAUGCUUGUGAAGGAGCUGUUGGAUGGAGAAAAUGGGAGGGAGAUGAAGAAGAGAGCAAUGGAGUGGAAGAAACAGGUUGCGGCGGCCACUGCUAGUCCUCAGGGUUCAUCUUUUCAGAAUCUUGAAACGUUAGUGAAAGAAAUGCUCCUAAAAUGAUUCUUGAUGAAAAGUGUUUGAUGCAUGUGGAAUUCGGAAUAAUUUGCAUCUUUGUAUUUGUUUGGACACUAUUUGU